AGAAAGUACAGAAGUUUUCUUAUGGCUAUGGAGCAUGACUGCAAAUAAACAUCAUAUUUUUUCAGUUUCACUUCAGUCAAUAGCACAAGAUCUAACGCUUGACAUGGCAAAAGAGAAGAUUUAUUGGCGAGUUUCAAACGGAAAUGUUUUUUCUUGUGAUUACUACUCCCAUAAUGUAAUUGAUUUUGGAACUUCAGGAGAUCCCAUGGCAGUAUUUGGGGAUUUCAUUUAUAUCAUGAUUAGUGUCGGACAAAGUGUCGUUAGUGUUCAUAACACAACAGAUGAACGUACGAGGCGUAAAUUUUUUCUUCCUGUAAACAACGAUUAUCUUGAUUUGGCUGUAGCUAUACACAGUAUCACUCCUGACUCAAACGCGACAAACACUUUUCGCUUUCCUUUAUGUGGACCCUACACAUACUAUCGUAAAACUAAUGGAACAUUGAACUGCACGUGUAUGGAAGGAUUUUCAGGAGAAUGUAACUCGUGCCAAGUCAAUGUUAAGCCAGUCUGUGUAAAAGCAAAUUGGUGGAGGUCUUUCAACAAACAAGGAUGGUCAACUUGUGACACCACAAACCAGUUUAUCACUGGCUUAUAUCGCAGCACAUUAAGUGCCAACUAUGACGGACUUUACCGUCUUGAAGAAGUCAAAUGCUGCAAAUCUAGUCCAUUAUAUAUUGGGCAGAAAAGUAUUUGCCGAGGAGCUAACUGGUGGGUCUCUUUCAACAAAAAAGGAUGGAGUGUUUGUUCGAAUGGAUAUUUUUUAAAUGCUCUCUAUCGCACAAACGGACAACACUUACACAACCUCCAAGGGGGAAAAUGUUGCAAACCAGUCAAUCAUCCCGACAAGUAUGGUGAUUGUUACCAUGAAAAUAUCAAAAAUGAUUUCAAAAAAAAAGGAUGGACAAUGUGUAAAAAAGAUGGCUACUAUGUCACUGGGUUAAGACGAGAUUCUGGUGAUUGGCUAAAGGACAUUGACAGUUUUAAAUGCUGUAAAAUGUGGAGUGUUGGAGUUUGUGAUCAUAGUCCUUGUAAGAAUGGUGGUUCGUGUGUUGCUGAUGGUAGUUCUUACAAUUGUACUUGCCCUCCAGACUUUAUUGGUAUUCGCUGUGAAACAAAAGUUCCAAAUCCUUGCGAGCCAAAUCCAUGUAAAAAUGGUGGACAAUGCAACAUUUUGGGUAACAGCUACACAUGUAAAUGCAAGCCUGCUUUUGGCGGCAACAACUGCGAACAUUCACAAUCAACAUGCAUUGCAUCUGGUGAUCCUCAUUACACUUCAUUUGAUGGCAAAAGAUUUGAUUUUAUGGGAGAUUGUGAAUACGACUUUGCAAAAGAUUGCAGCAAAAACAAACUUUUUACAGUUCGCACUAAAAAUACGCGUUGUGGAGGGCUUGUCACUUGUACAGCGGCUGUUAAGAUCUAUAUAGCUGGUUACUUCAUUCAGUUCACACGUCAGAGUCGUUCCGCAGUUGUAAACGGAGUUAGGCUUUCACAAUUUCCAAUAGUUCGUCAUGGAUUUAAAAUCACCAAUCCCAGUGGGAGUUGGCUGGUUUUUACUGCUGAUAUCGGAAUGUCAACGAGUUGGAACAGUAGGACAUACGUCAAAGUCACCGUUUCUGCAAAAUACAAGGGAAAGAUUUGCAGUACAUCUCUAUGUGGCAACAACAAUGGUCGUCCUGAUGAUGACAAUCAAUACAGUACAAAAUGUUCCCUGCCACCUCAAUCAUGUUUCCCUGAUUCCAAGAAGAAAGCUGCAAUAGAUAUAUGCCACUUGAUGUCCAAUGCUUCAUCUCCAUUCACUAAAGCGUGCAACCGUUAUGUUGUUCCAGCCGCCUUGAUCAGUAACUGUAAAUAUGACGCAGGUCGCUGCACCGAUCCAAUAAAAUGUGUUUGUAACGCAUUUGCUGCUUACAGUAAACUUUGUGUUGAAUAUGGCGGUGUAAUUGACUGGAGAUUCAAAGGAACUUACUUAUAUCCAAAACUCAAAGAAUGUGAAAAAACAUGCAGUAACAAAGGAGAAAUUUUCACAGAAUGCGGAUCUGCUUGUGCAAAAACAUGUCGUGAUAUAUCACGUGGUUUAAAAUGCAGUGAAAGAUGCAUUCCUGGAUGUCAGUGUCCUAAAGGAUCUUACUUGGACGAUAAGAAUCAUUGUGUACCUAUGAAGAAAUGUCCAUGUUUCUUUGAAGGAAUUUAUUACAAGGCGGGUGAAAGUGUGAAAGUUGGACGUUGUAAAACCUGUACGUGUAAUAGGGGUGCUAUGACUUGUGUCGACGACCGAAAAUGCUCAUCAAAAAGUCCUUGUGAAUCUUUCCCCUGCAAAAAUGACGGUGGUUGUCGUGAGGAAGGAGAUACGUUUACUUGUUUUUGUAUUAACGGAUAUGAAGGAAAAACUUGUGAAGAGUUACCACCAUCAUCUUGCGACUCACGUCCUUGUAAAAACAAUGGUAUUUGUACAAGUAACGGAGAUGCAUUCUCGUGUGAAUGUGCUGUUGGCUUUGAAGGCCACACUUGCGAAGUUCUUAACGCUUGUGCCAGAGAACCUUGUAAAAAUGAAGGUGUUUGUACAACUGUUGGAUCUUCUUAUAACUGUAAAUGUAAAUAUGGUUUCGCUGGAAAGAAUUGCCAGAAGUUAAUACCAACACCGUGCGACACACGUCCUUGUAAAAACAACGGUGUUUAUACAAACAAUGGAGAUAAAUUCUCUUGUAAAUGUGCUUCUGGUUUUAAAGGUUGAAGCUCUAUGGCAACCACUUGACACGUUAUAAUGGGUUAUGGUUUCAGAAAAAAAUAUUUGUUGUAGUCAGAAAGUGUAUUUUACUUAAUUACUUAGCUUACUGUUCAAUAAAACUUUGCAUUAAAAAGA